CUUAUCGAGCCAAAAUGAUGAUGAACGCAUUCAUUGAGCCCGCUCAGCAUCAUUUGGCCAGCUAUGGGCUGCGCAUGUCGCCCAAUACCACAACCAACAACAGCAACAACAAUCAGCAACAUGAUAUGCAGCAGCAGCAACAACAACAGCAGCAGCAACAACAGCAACAACAACAGCAGCAGCAACAACAGCAGCAGCAACAGCAACAACAACAACAACUGGAGGGCAGCGCGGACUCCACAUCAAUUGCAGCGGCGGCGGCAUAUCAAAAUUCCGGUUACGGCCAUUUCAACAGUUACGCCUCACGUGACUUUCUGCUAGGUCGACGCGGCGAUGCCACGGACUACGCCGGAGCAGCUGCAGCGGCGGCGGCAACGGCAGCAACGGUGGCAACGGGAUCAACGGCUGCCAGCGCGGAUUCGAUGCUGUUCUCUAGUUUUCCGGCGCAGGCGGCGGCCGCGGAGCUGACUGGCAGCUUUGGCCAGCAUCCGUUUCACAGUCAUCAUCAUCAUCAGCAUCAGAUGCGGAUGGCGGACUAUGCAACGCAUCCGUAUGCCCAGCAUCAGCUUUCGCAUCACAGCAACUUUCCGUCGGCGGUGCAUGCGGCACAUCAUCAUGCCGCUGCCGCCCAUGCUCAUGCCCACUCCCAUCCCCAUCCCCAUGCCCAUGCCCACCAUCCGCAUCAUGCCAUGUCCGCCAUGCAUCCGGCCGGAGCUGGCGCCUUUCUGCGCUAUAUGCGACACCAGCCGACAUCGGCGACGUCCAGCGUUAAGCAGGAGAUGCAGUGCCUCUGGAUAGAUCCCGAUCAGCCGGGAAUGCUGCAGCAGCAGCAAUCGCAGUCGGCGAACAGUCGCAAGACAUGCAACAAGAUCUUUCACUCCAUGCACGAGAUUGUCACGCAUCUGACCGUGGAGCAUGUGGGGGGACCGGAGUGUACCACCCAUGCCUGCUUCUGGGUCGGCUGCUCGCGCAACGGACGACCCUUCAAGGCCAAGUACAAGCUGGUCAACCACAUACGCGUGCACACCGGCGAGAAGCCCUUUGCCUGCCCCCAUCCCGGCUGUGGCAAGGUGUUUGCCCGCAGCGAGAACCUCAAGAUACACAAGCGCACACACACGGGCGAGAAACCGUUCAAGUGCGAGCACGAAGGCUGCGAUCGACGCUUCGCCAAUUCUUCGGACCGAAAAAAGCACUCGCAUGUGCACACCUCGGACAAGCCCUACAACUGUCGCAUCAAUGGCUGUGAUAAAUCCUACACGCAUCCCUCCUCGCUGCGCAAGCACAUGAAGGUGCAUGGCAACAUUGACGAGAAGUCACCGUCGCAUGGCUAUGACAGCGAGGGCGAGGAGAGUUCCAGCUCGAGCAUUGUCACCGGCGGAGCACAGACGCCGCCAUCGACCCGCUUGGAUGGCAGCGCCGGCAGCAGCAGCGGCGUCAGCAGCUUAAGCGGCGGCAGCGGCAUUAAAUCCUCCCCACAUUCUAUCAAAUCGGAGCCAAAUCCAUUGCACAGUGUGCAUCUGGGCGCCUCCAGCAGUGGCAGCAGCAGCACAGUCAGCAGCAGUGCCUCCCAUCUGUUGCAGCAACAGCAGCAGCAACAACAGCAGCAACAGCAGCAACAACAGCAGCAGCAACAGCAACAGCAGCAACAUCAACUUGCCGCACAUCAGUCCUUGCAUGCGGAUUCGAAAUCAUCGCCCGCGUUGCAGCUGAUGGCAUCAUCCGCGUAUCUGCCACCACCGUUGGGUCCACCGCCAUCGCAUCAUCAUCAUCACCAUCAUCAUCCGCAGGUGGCAGGCAGCUCGGCGGUAGCUGCAGUUGCUUCUGCCUCGGCAGUGUCGCCGGGCGCGGCUGCUGCCUCGGCAUCGAUGCUGGCGGUAACCGGACAUCAUAAUCAUCAUUUGCUUUACCAUCCGGCGGCGCAGCAUCAUCCGCCCAGCGAUUGGUAUCAUACGGCAGCGCCGGCUGGCAGUGCGGAGGCAAUGAAUCCAUUGAAUCACUUUGGCCACCAUCAUCAUCAUCACCAUCUGAUGCAUCCGGGAGCAGCGACAGCGUAUUGAGAUUGGGAGAACUGGUGGCCCGAGGAGCCGCCGCUGCCCCCAACACCAGCGGCGACCGCUGUGCCGCCAGAUGAGCCAACGGCAUCUCUGGACUGGAUCUGCUGUCAGCGUCUGCAGAAUUUGGCGCUUGUCGCCCAAUGUGAAAACCAAAUAUUUCUGAAAGUUGAAGAAAGCACUUUAAACUUUAUACCUGAUAAUUGAAAAAUUGCUGUUAAAUGUAAACAAAAAAAAAAAACAAACAAAAUCAAGUUAAAAUUAAAAAAAAAAAAAAAAAGAAAUUUCAUCUUUGAGUUGAGAGUACUUUAA